AUGUUAAAGGUCCUCCGGCCACGGCCCUUCCUCGCGCAAGGGCCGUCAGCGAUGCGACGAUUGCGACCACCACCACCCCGACCGAUCGCAAGCCGCCUACAAGUUACCGCUCGAUGCAUGCCGCUCAACAGCGCAUAUUCAAGCCAACCACCACCCCACACCGUCGAACCUUUCCCUCCCCGACCUUCCCCGAUCCGACCAUUCCACCCACCAACACGCCCAACUCCCACCGCCCUCCCCCACCCCCAACAACAACACCACCAACACCGCACCUACAACUACCACCCCGACAACCGCCACCGCCGAACCCCCUCACCCCAACCCUACACCGACCCCGCCUACCGCGACGCCCGCCUCCUCGCCGCCAAACCCCUCAUCCACUGGCGCGGCUUCCGCGCCCUCCACACCCCGACCACCUACACCAUCCUCCUCGCCGUCGCGGGCGGCCUGCUGGCCUUCUACUUCGCGCACCUCGAAACGGUGCCCGUGUCCGGGCGCACGCGGUUCAACGCCUACGGCGCGGCGUCGGUGCGCCGCGCCGGCGAGCUGGAGCAGCGGCGUCUGUUGUGGCAGCUGGAGCAGCAGGGGGUGCGGGUGCUGCCGGAGUGGGAUGGAAGGGUGGUGAGGGUGCGGCGGGUGAUGGAGAGGUUGUUGCCGUUUAGUGGGAUGGUGGGGCUGGAGGGGAUGGAGGGGGAGGAGUGGGAGGUCUGUGUGGUGGAUGAUCCGCGCACGGCGAACGCGUUCGUGUUGCCGGGGGGCAAGGUGUUUGUGUUUAGUGGGAUUUUGGGGCUGGCGAGGAAUGACAGUGGGUUGGCGACGGUUUUGGGGCAUGAGAUUGCGCAUAACUUGGCGGGACAUCAUGGGGAGAGGCUGAGUCAGGAUAUUAAGGCGAGUGUGGUGCUGUAUACCAUGAUGGUUUUGGGCGGGGCGUUUGGGCUGGGCCCGUUAAUCAUGCACUACUUUGGGUCGCGGUUUUUGGAUGUCGCGUUUGGGUUCCCCAUGAGCAGGCUGCAGGAGAGCGAGGCCGACUACAUUGGCUUGAUGAUGAUGGCCGAGGCGUGCUACGACCCGCAGGAGGCGGCGAGAUUCUGGGAGCGGAUGGAGAGGGCCACGGGGCAGGAGAUGCCAGAGUGGAUGAGCACGCAUCCGGCGAUUCAGGAGUGGCUGCCCGAGGCCAUGGAGAAGCGAGCGCAGAGCGAUUGCAGCUCGACGACGGCUUUUGCAGAUCUAUUCAGACAUGCAAUGCGGACCGGCCAAGUCUUUUUUUGA